AUGGCGCAGGCACAGUCACAACAGCCUCCAUCUCAACAUUCUCCUCAAUMCCCUCCCAACCAGCCGUUCUCACCUCCCGUCUCGACUCCCACUCCUCCAGCGAUUGGCAUCAACCCCCCUCCUCCCAAACGACAACGGCUUUCUCCUCUUCCACAAACACAGUCGCCUUAUGGUUCGCCUGGAUUUAGCGCAUCACAGCUACCCCAAGUUCAUACUCCCGGGAUGAAUGGAGCUCAGGUGAAUGGCAUGUCGACUCCGGUCCAUCUUCAGAGCGCUACUCCUGUCCCACUCGCGCCCGUUGCGCCCGCMCCUCCUGGUUCUAKGGGACCGCCAUCUCGMCCAGCCGAUAAACCAACGGAUGCUUCAGAUUUGAGCGAUGUUUUGGCGCAAUCUGGUAUUGACGUCAAGGAAGAAGAGGCGUAUUUGACACAAAGCUAUGCUGCACCUGUAGUAGCGCCUCGACCACAGCCACCCGGGCUCAACACUUCUUUUGUGUCAGCUCCAUCGACUCCAGGUACUGCUUCGGCGAAUGUCAGCUUCGAUCUUUCUCAAGGAAGGCCCCCGGCAACACAAGAGCAACAAGUUGUUCCAGCGUACUCGGAAGAUGCGCCCUACAAUCAGCCAACAUACGAGGAGACCCAGGCAGCGAGGAGAUCUCAGUAUCACUUGCAGGACCCGUUUCUUCUCACAAAAGUACUCGAGCAGAAAAUGCAAAAGAGAGCAUACGAGCUUGGAGUGCGGCUUCCAACAGAGGGCUUAUAUCAUCCUAUGCCGGGUUCUCGUCAACCGAUUGAGGUCACAGGUCCGGACGGUUCGUCAAUCGUUCGUAGAGGACACACAAUCAUCAAUCAAGAAGGUGCGCCUCUUGUUGAUAUACUUUCGCUCUUGUCACUUUGCUGCGAGGAGCGGUUGAGGGGUGUCGUCGAAUACUCUGCUGGUCUAUCGAAAAGUCGGCGGUUACAUUCUCAUGGCGCUGUUCCUACAGAAUGGCAAGACUUGGCUGUAACGGCUCAGAAUAUUUCGGAACCUGUUACAGGUACUCCUCAGAAGCGACCGCUUGCUGCAGUCGACACCGCGUCUCAGUCACUGGCUGGCAAAUAUCUUAUCUUAUCAACAAAAGACAUGUCUGCUGAACAAGCUCGUGCUGCCAAGCGAGCAAAACGAAAUGCGGAUGCUAUAAUCAGCGAGACUAACGGCGGCAGCAGAACUCCGUCGAUAGAUGUGGGCUCCGGUACUACGACCCCUCUAUCACAACUAGCAAUUGGUCUCAACAAGGGCACCACCAAAAAAGAAGCAAAGAAACAAGUAGAUGCUCGGGCGACUGAGGCCCAGCAACAUCAGCAAUCUGUCGAGACUGCUCGCAAAGCUCUCUCCAGUACACUCUUCGGAGGGUCAAAGAAGCGAAACUAUUCCUGGCUGAACAAGGGUUCCGCCGUGAACAGCAUAUCAUCGCCACGAUCUCACUCUCCUGCUCUUGGCAGCCCCAGCGUCGGUGCCAUCGGUGGAGCCGAUACAGGCGACAAGAAGCGCCUCGAUAGCACCACAACAGCAGAAAUAACUCGAUUGGGAGACUGGCGUGAAGACAAAGCCAGCGGGAUCCAAGUGCGCGACGUUCUAUUCAUGCUCGAACAAGACGGAAGAGGUUCGAGACACGUUCAAAAGGCUUACAGCAAAGAUCCUCCCGACGAACGUCUUGCUUGA